CCUUCGUUUCGUCCCGUCCCUCCAUCGCGUGCGAACCGCGCCCCUCCGCUGCAUCUCCCGCCGCUCGCUAAAAUAGACGGUGAUCAUUCCUGCGAAUCCUACGCCACCUUUUGCCCGUCAUCCGAGUGCGACCCGCAGCCGCCGGCCGCCGUUGUGAUUCUGUGGGAAGGGACGACACGCCGUUAGGCUCGACCGCCAUCCGCCCCCGCCGUCCGCCUCCGCCGGCGGCAGGCGUGCGAAAGACCGGGUGUGGCGGCAAUGGGAAACCGGCGUGCGGGGCGGCUCCGCGCCAGGGGUUUGGUCGCCCGCUGGGACGCUCGGCCGCGCACCCAGGCCGUACCGGCGCACGGACCCGCGGUCAGCGUCGGCGGUCCUGUUCCACGGAGGCGGGGACGUGUGCCGCGGUGCCGGUGUGGCCGCGUGGGCGCGGGCGGCUGGGCGUGCCGGAGUCUGCACGGGGACCGAUGGAGGUGGAGCCGCGGGAGGCUCGGCGUCCGGCGCGACAAGGCGCGGCGCGCGGCCGUCCUGUGGCCUGCCGCUUGACGCCGGUGCUUAGUAGCGCACAUCAGCACAUGGUUGCAUGGUGCUCGAUUCAUUGUCUGGCCCGUGUGGCACGCAUGCAGCAUGCUUUGGAUUGGUGCUGUGCGCAAAGUGCUUGAUUGUUUGUCUCCACCAGUGACAUCUGAAGAACAGAAGAAGUGAAGAUUGAGGAAGGGAAAGGUCAGUCCGUCAGUGGCAUCGAGAAAAUCUGUGUCUUCUGCAUCAUGAGUGAAUAGAGCUAUAUAUCUUCCAGGCAGCGGCGCUUCGCGGAGGCAGUAGCUCGGGCGUGCGGGCGGCACGCUGCGGCAGCGUAGCAGCGCGCAGGCAGCGGGUGGCGUGCUGCGGCGGCACAUCGCGCAGGCGGGCAGCAGCAGACAGCGGCGGGCGGUGGCUGCGCGUUGCAGGCAACAGCAGGCCGCGGCGGGCAGCAACAGCACGCUGCAGGCAGCAGCAGGCGGCGGCUGGCAACGACAGCGAGCUGCAGGCAGCAGCAGGUGGCCAUCACCUAAACUCCAGUAAACAGCAGCAGCAGCAGGUGCUCCAGUAAAUCUCGCGCGCAUGGGUGCGCGCUAACUACUAUUCCGCAUUUCGUCGAACACUUUCUAUGCUGGCCGCUCUGCUCCGCAACCCACCACUCUACUCGGGCACCGCCCGAUGGAACGCCGCCAUCCGGCGACGCCUCGAGUCCGGCCACCCCACGGAGGCCGUAUCCGCCUUCUCCGCCAUGCUCCAGACCGGCUCCCGCCCGGACGCCUUCACGCUCCCGCUCCUCAACCGAGCUGCGGCGUCCCUCCCCGGCUUCGUCGGCACCGCCCACUGCUUCGGCAUCCGGGCCGGCUUCGGCAGGAACGUGUACUUCUGCAACACGCUGCUGGAGGCCUACAUACGGCACGGCCUGGUGGCGCCCGCGCGCCAGGUGUUCGACGAAAUGCGUGCGCGGGAUGUGGUUUCUUGGACUACGCUGGUGUCCGCAUAUGCUGGUGCCUGGGACCUGCUGGAGGUAUCCCAGCUGGUAACGGCUAUGAGGACGAACGGCGACUGCGAGCCCAGUGCAGUGACGCUUUCUGUAGUCCUCCGGGCAUGCACGGCCAUGAGGGAUGCUACCGGCGGUAGGCAGGUGCACUGCUACGCACUGAAAAGUGGGUGGGCAGGUGAUUUCCUAGUUCUCAACUCGAUGUUGACACACUUGAGCCGGACAGCCAGCUUGGAGGAUGCAGCUAUGUUGUUUGAGCAGUCUCCGAGAAGAGAUCUGGUUUCGUGGAACAUUAUAAUCUCAGAGUAUUCUUCAGAGGGGAACAUUUCUAAAGUCACUGAUAUGUAUGAAAGGAUGAGGGCAGAGGAAGUGUGUCCAAGCUGUGAGACCUUAACUUCCACUGUUGCUGCAUUUGCCAAGCACAGGUUUCUUUCGCAAGGCAAGAAGCUGCAUUCCUUUGCAGUUAGAAGUGGCCUCAUGGACACAGUCUUGGUAGCAUCAUUUGUGGAUUUCUACGCUAAAUGUGGUGAAUUGAUGUCAUCAGUUCAGUUGUUUGAGCAAUUCAAGGGGGGAAGCAGCUGCCUAUGGUCAGCCAUGCUCUGGGCCUUUAUCCACCAUGGAAUGUUCCUAGACGCAAUCCAUCUGUUUGAGAGAAUGAUGGACUCUUUCUGCUUUCCCAGUGCUGACGUGCUCCGAGGACUCGUAAUCUGUUACACUGAAAUUGGUGCUUUCAAGUUUGGUAAAGCAGCUCAUGGAUAUAUCAUAAGAAACAACUAUUCUGCAGAGUCUAAGAGUUGUGCCUUGGAGACAUCAAUUGUUAGACUCUAUGCUAAAUGUGGGUUCAUUCUUCUGGCAAAAAGAUGCUUUACAAAAAUCCUUCAUAAAGAUAUAGUCACAUGGAGUUCAAUGAUUGAAGCAUUCACAAUCCAUGGUCUAGGUAAGGAAGCUCUGACAUUGUUUAAUCAGAUGCUAGAAGAAGGAAUAGAGCCAAAUGGAGUGACCUUCCUUAGCUUGCUGUCAGCAUGUAGUCAUUCAGGUCUUGUAAGUGAAGCUCGGGAGUUGUUUGAUUGCAUGACAAAAACAUUCAGACUUGCACCCGAUCUAGGACACUAUACCUGUAUGGUAGAUGUUCUUGGCCGCUCAGGUAAUCUAGAGGAGGCUCUGCAAGUGAUCAUUGACAUGAAUGUUAAGCCGGAUGGCAGAAUAUGGGGUGCUCUCCUUGCUUCAUGCAGAAUGCACUCAAACUCUAAGCUUGCAUCUUUUGCAGCACAGAAACUUGUGGAGUUGGAACCUAAUAAUGUUGGCUACCAUGUGGUGUUCAGUAAUGUCCAUGCUGGAGGUGGUAGAUGGGCAGAAGUGGAGGACAUCAGAAGCUCCAUGAUAGGAAUGAACAUGGAGAAAUCUCCUGCUUGGAGCUGUAUUUCUCACAUUGGUGUCCCUUGAUAUGUGUUUUUCAACACUGCAUCAAUUAUUUUUCUCUUGAAAAAAUCAUGGCAUUUUGGCCAAAGGAGGACUAAACAUCCUCUGUUCGGCUAGCUUGUCAGCCAACCAGCGAGUAGUGAUUUUCUCUCACACCAAAUCAGCACCAGCCACUAGUGAAGCCUUAUUUGGUGUGAGAGAAAAACACAGCUGGCUGGUUGGUGGUGAUUUGGUGUGAGAGAAAAGCACCGCUAGCUUGUUGGCUGAUAAGCCAGCCGAAUAGAGGAUGUUUGGUCCUUUGGCCAAAAUGUCAGUGGCAUGGAACGUACAGGCUUUAACGUAGUAGCAGCUUGUUGAUGUCUUAAAAUCUUGGAUUAAGGAAUACUUAUGAUGUAUUUCAAGGUGAUAGAUUUUAUCAUCAGAAGGGAUUAAAUGUCCAUAUCUUAUCAAGAGAUUAAGGUGUCUUGACAUUCUGCUGUACACUUAUUUAGGACUGGAUGUCGGUGCCGGCAUAUGAAGUAAUGUUUGGAAAGCUCUCACUGCAAAACCUGUUCGAGGACUAUUUCGAUCAAGCUGGGAAUAUGACCUCGAGGAUCAUGCUGAAGGCCCUGGAAGACCCUCAUGUUGAUCUGAUUGCUACAGUAUCCUUACUGUUGUUUGUGUUUCUGUCACUUCAGCUUUUCUCAAUUGCACGGUUCUUGUCAACAUUUGAUGCACUUAGUAUUUGUUUCUUAUUGUUGAUGUUUGUGUUACUAACAUCACAUGUCCCUUUUCAUGGGCUGUUGUUUCGGUAAUCAUCAUUUCAUUUUUUUUUACUUGUCAUUAGCAUGGAUGGUUAGAUAGUUAGAACAUCUAGUCUUACUUGUCAUUAGCAUGGAUGGUUCAGAGAAUUUAUCGCUUGGGGCAUCUUUUGUGCCAUUUCCUUGUAUGCAUCUAUUUGCAAUUAUCAUAUGGUUUAUCCAAUUGUGAUUAAAGAUGGCAUUCGCCACGUAUGUACCCUCUGUAAUUCCAAGCUAACUUAAUGGCAUUGCAUACCCUAAUUCAUAUGCUGAUAAUACUUCUGCAGUAUCUGGUGAGGUACCAUAUGGAGCAUGGUUGGUUGGGAGAAAAGGGAAUUUAAGUGCAGGAGUUCAAUACAAACCACUUAGUGGAAACAAAAAUCCUAUGCCAUUCACAGAUCCGGAGAACUGGAAUUGUGUAAUCAGUUAUAGUGUCGGGUCAACUAGCCCACUCAGCCCUUUAUCCACUUUUACCCUAGAGCUUGCUAGAAGUACACAGCUGACGACAUCUUUCUAUCAACACAUGAUUGUUCAAAGAGGGGUAA